UGGCCCAAAGGUGGCCCCCCUUCGCGCGGGAGCCCCGCUCGCCGCGCCCGCCGGCGCUCGCAGAUGCUCCCCGCCAGGGGCUACGCUCAAGUCGCUGCGGGAUGGGACUACACGGUCUUGCUCCGGAGCGAUGGCACCGCCGUGGCCCGCGGCCGCAAUUCGAGCAACCAGUGCGACAUCCCUGCGCUGGACGGAGGGCUGGCGUACACCCAGGUCGCCGCCGGGGGGGACCACACCGUCGUGCUCCGGAGCGACGGCGCGGCCGUUGCUCGUGGCCGCAACGCUCAGGGCCAGUGCGACAUCCCGGCGCUGAAAGGAGAGCUGGUGUACGCCCAGGUCGCUGCGGGGGGGGACCACACGGUCUUGCUCCGGGGUGACGGCACGGCCGUGGCUUGUGGGCGUAGUGCUCACGGCCAGUGCAAGAUCCCGGCGUUGGAUCGCGGAAUGGUGUACACGCAAGUCGCCGCGGGAGGGGACCAUACGGUGUUGCUCCAGAGCGAUGGCAGGGCCGUUGCCUUUGGACGCAAUGCUCACGGCCAGUGCGACAUCCCAGCGGUGAAAGAAGGGCUGGUGUACACGCAAGUCACCGCGGGCGGGGACCACACUGUCUUGCUCCGAAGCGAUGGUGCGGUUGUGGCUUGUGGGCGCAAUGCCCACGGCCAGUGCAAAAUCCCAGCGCUGGGCGAAGGGCUUGCGUACACGCAGAUCGCCGCAGGAGGGGACCACUCCGUCUUGCUCCGGAGCGAUGGUACAGCCCUGGCUUUAGGCUGCAAUGAUUACCGCCAGUGCGACCUCCUAGCUUGGGAUGCAGGGCUUGGCUACACCCAGGUCGCCGCGGGAUGGGACUACACGAUCUUGCUCAGAAGUGAUGGCGUGGCCGUGUCCUGCGGCCGCACUUCCAGCGGCCAGUGCGACAUCCCAGCACUGGAUGGAGGGCUGGCGUACCUCCAGGUUGACGCGGGAGGGGACCACACGGUCUUGCUCCGGAGCGAUGGCUCCGCCGUGGCUUGCGGACGUAAUGCCCACGGCCAGUGCGACGUCCCGUCGUUGGACAGAGCGCUGAAGUACACCCAGGUCGCUGCGGGGGGGGACCACACGGUGCUGCUCCGAGGCGAUGGCGCGGCCGUAGCCUGCGGGCGCAGUGCUCACGGCCAGUGCGUCCUACCGGCGCUGGACGGAGGGCUGACGUACACGCACGUCGCCGCUGGAGGGGACCAUACGGUCGUGCUCCGGAGCGACGGAGUGGCCGUGGGCCGCGGGCGCAAUGCUCAUGGCCAGUGCGACGCGCCUGCGCUGGACGGAGGAUUGGUGUACACUCAAGUCGCCGCGGGAGGGGACCACACGAUCUUCCUCCGGAGCGAUGGCGCGGCCUUGGCCCGUGGUCGCACUACCCACGGCCGGUGCAACAUCCCGGCGUUGGAUCGCGGAAGGGUGUACACGCAAGUCGCGGCGGGAGGAGACCACACGGUCUUGCUCCGGAGCGAUGGCAAGGCCGCGGCGUGCGGGAGCAAUGCUCAUGGCCAGUGUGACAUCCCAGCGCUGGAUAGACGGUUGGCGUACACGCAAGUCACUGCCGGCGGGGACCACACGGUUUUGCUCCGAAGCGAUGGUGCAGCUGUGGCCUGUGGGCGCAAUGCCCACGGCCAGUGCAAAAUCCCGGCGCUGGGCGAAGGGCUGGCGUACACGCAGGCCGCCGCGGGAGGCGACCAUACCCUCUUGAUCCGGAGCGAUGGUGCGGCCCUCGCCUUCGGGUGCAACGACUACCGCCAGUGCGACCUGCCAGAGCUGGACGACGAGCCGAUGGCACGACCGAUGUUGCAAGCAUCGUUGCCCCGUUCCUGCCAGGCCGAGUGCCGGCGGGGCCCCGCUCCCGCCGCUCCGGCUGCGGGCGUGCGCGAGGAGCCGCCGUCGCCGAUGGCCGGGCGCCGCGCCAGCAGAUCGGGGCGCGCGGCGCGGGAGGACGUCGGGCUGCCG